AUGGCGGCUGGACCCAUUGAUCCGACAGAGAUCCCUGAGCGACCAGCUGGUGUCUUUGAGCCGCAUCACUCCAUCACGCUUCUCUAUCCCAGCUUCACACUGAUCAAGCCGGGCGAGCGGGCAACCAUUACUAUGCCUCUCGGUGCUCGCGCACGGUACGAACCACACCCCAUUGUGCCAGUGGAAUCUGUCAUAGCCAACAAAACCAGCCGGAACGAGACCAUAGGCACGGACUUCACGGUCUAUCUUCCAGUGUCAGACGUCGGAAGUCACGAUAUGGAGCUCAGCGGCGAGCUCUAUCACGAUAUGCAGCAGGUGACCGCUCGCGUCGGCCAUACCAAGCUAAGACUUAUGCUGGUGACGAAGGACGCUCGCAUGGAUAACCUUGAUGACGCGACAAUCCGAAUAAGUCGGUUCACAAAAAGCGUCGUUCAAGGGGGCAAGGCUCGUUACACGAAAUCCCAAUAUGAGAUGUCGUGCGGAGACUUCAUACAACGUUCGACGAUCACCCAGCGACUCUGGGACGCAUGUGCACUCGAGCUGAUUAUGCAAUCAUCGGAUCGAGCGGUCAAACACCAGAGGUUGCGCCUCGCCAUACAUGACAUUACCGAGCCUGAGAACGACGAGUGGAGAAGUCCCAGGGGGAUCGAGAUGGACGAUGCUAUACCCAAGAUCGCAAACAUCAUGAGCAAAGCCGAGCUCGAUCAGUUCAACGGCGACCUAGCAGACGACGAGCGUAUCGACCAAUGCCCUGUAUGCCUGGACGACUUCUCGGACACUGACUCGCCAGUGAAACUGCCAUGCUCGAAGAAACACAUUGUCUGCAUGUCCUGUCUGCGUGAAUGGUGCAAAGUAGGGGGCGUCCACAAGACAAAGUGUCCUUGGUGUGCCGUCCAGCUGGCCACACCAGAAGCCAUUGAGUGUCUGCGACCCAACUACCUCGACAUGAAAGCCGUUUACGAGGUCGACAUACGCUACAACCGGUACGAAAACCACGAGCGACGAUGUGCCGACCUGGACCAAUAUCAUGCUCAGGACAACUCAACAACCAUCACUAUCAACAACAACCGCCUCCUCGAGACAUGGCAUCACUUGGUCGAGCUGCAGCCUAAGUCUGAACCAGGGUACUCUCACCUCAAUCAGAAUCCUGUAGAUUCUCCGGAGUAUGUGGACGUCCUGACAGCAUUUGUCACCUUCUGCGACACUCGACGGGGUAGCAGCAUCACCAUCCAAGAUGCCUUCCACCAAAGUCGCGAAGCGAUCUUCACAGCAUUACGGGCGAAGCUCCGUAUUAGUGGCAUGUACGACUUCAUGCCAAUGGAGCGGAAGGACAGCAUCGAUCGGGACGUCUAUAAGGUCCCACUGCGUCCAGGGUUCAAAGAGUGGAUUCAAUGCUCUUUGAACCGGGUGCUGCAAUUUCAGACCAUCAGGCAGUGCAAGACUAAGGAGGAGUGCGCUGGGAUGAUUUCGUCGCACAUGCACGGCGGCUGCGGCGGCCGCGAGUACUUCACUAGUAAGUGGUGCAGCACGGAAGACCCGGUUGGGCGUUACAGAGCGAAGGAGAUACUGCGGUGGUGUGUACCACAGCCGAUCUAA